AUGAAUGCAGUCCUUAUGAGCACAACUGGGCCUUCACAACCAGCAGGCAUCGCGUAUCCCAACCAGUCGCAAAACAGUCAAUUUAUCUUUCCUUCACUGCAACAACAGCAACAACAACAAUUGCAACUACAGCAACAACAACAACAGCAGCAGCUCACUCAAUUUGUCUCCGGGGGCCAAGAACCAUUAACACAACGCCCCUCCCAAGCGUCUAUUGUAUCCUCGGAUUGCAUGAACUCUGUCAACGGACGUCCUGGUGGCACAGGCCCUGUAACUGGUCAUGAUCCCGAGCAGGCUGGCUCUGGCUUUAUCGGAUCUGGCGUUGGAUUGCAUCAGAACACUCAACGACCUGCUGGGGCGGCCACUUUGGUUGAGGCAGAGGCAGCGAUUGCUGCGCUUACUGCUGCUAUGGAGGGACAAGAUGAGCCAGCUCCCGUUCAACCCAUGCGCCCCCCCGCUACCGUCGCUCAGGGUGGUUUCCCUUGCAACACACCUCCCAUCACUCCUGCCGCCACAGUUACCGCCAUCACCACAACGACUACUACCACCACCAGCUCUCUUGGAGAGCGCCCUCCGCCAGGCUACGAUGAGGCCGUUGGGCUUUUGAAGUUCAAGUUGAGUGAGCCUCCAGCCUUGCCUCCCAGGAAUGGAGCCGUGCUGAGUGCUGACCAGGCCUGCAUUUCUCUGGCCGAGCGUUAUGGUCUGCCAGUGGCAGAGAUCUAA